AUGCAGUCGGAGAUCUGGGUCCCUCCUGGGCGGCUCGUCUGGCCGCCUCCCCCGCGAUGGCCUUCGGACCAGAACUUCGAGGAGAAUCCAACCGUGACGACGAGAGCUCUCCAAGACAAACAGAGGCACCGCUUGGGGGCCUCCCGGAUGGGGUCCGAGCAGGUGGGGUCGGAGGAUCGCGCCGCAUCGCCACUGCUUUGGCGACGCCAGCGAUGCAAAGGCGACGUCGGCGCGAAGAAAAUCGGGCUCCACACCGAGCAGCAUCAGCGUUGCACCAGCGAUGUGGCGCGAGCCUCCGACCCCAUUCUACAGCGGCCCCGCCUGGAAAGCCUGCAGAUACUUUGA